GCUCGGUUCUGGUUCGGCCAUGGCGCUGUUCCUCCAUUUUGGCUUCUUCUUGCUGCUGAGUUUUGACACCGCUGGGCCCGCGCGCAGGGACGUGCUAGAGCUCGCGGACGCGGAUUUCGAUUACCUGGCAACGGAACACGAGACGAUGCUGGUCAAAUUCUACGCUCCAUGGUGCGGUCACUGUAAGAAACUGGCUCCAGAUUUUGAGAAAGCUGCAACAAAACUGAAGGGAACAGUACAAUUAGCCAAGGUGGACUGCACAGCUAACAGUGAGUUGUGUGCGCGGUUUGGAGUGACUGGAUAUCCAAGUCUGAAGAUUUUCAGGAGCGGGAGGGACGCAGGCCCCUACGACGGGCCACGCUCUGCAGAGGGGAUCGUGCAGGUCAUGAAGAAACAGUCUGGACCCGACUCAGUUCUGCUCAGGUCCAACUCCGACCUGGAGCAGUUUGUGAAUCACUAUGAGGCCAGCAUCGUGGGCCUGUUCUCUCCGGACUCCUCUCGUCUGUCCGAGUUCCUCAAAGCUGCGUCUUUGCUCCGGGAACAGUUCAGAUUCGCUCACAGCUCCAACCUGAGUCUGGGCCAAGAGUACAACGCCACAGGGGAGUGUGUGCUGCUCUUCAGACCUCCUCGUUUGUCCAAUAAAUUCGAGGAGAGUGUUGUGGUGUUCUCCGACUACCUGACCAUCACUUCCCUGAGACGCUUCAUCAGAGACAACAUUUUUGGCCUUGUUCCUCAUCUGACAGUGGAGAACAUGGAGCGUCUCCGAGUGAAGGACUUACUGACAGUUUACUACGACCUUGACUAUGUCCACAACGUCCGUGGUUCCAACUAUUGGAGAAACAGGGUGAUGCUGGUGGCAUCGAAGUUCCGUGGGCGGGGCCUGAGUUUCUCCGUAGCCAAUCGAAAGGACUUUGAGGCAGAGAUUCAGGAGGAGUUUGGUUUGGGUCCAGAUCCCGGCCUUCCUGUGGCCACGAUCCGGACUAGACUAGGACUCAAGUACACCAUGAGGGAGGAGUUUACGAGGGACGGUCGGUCUCUGGAGCGAUUUUUGGAGGAUUAUUUUUCGGGACGACUCAAGCGUUUCAUCAAGUCUGAGCCUGUCCCUGAGAAGAACCCUGGGCCUGUGAAGGUGGUGGUGGCAGAGUCAUUUGCAGAGAUCGUGGACGAUCCAAACAAAGAUGCUCUGAUCCUGUUCUACUCUCCUCUGUGUCAGCACUGCAAGAAACUGGAGCCUGUGUAUGCCCAGCUCGCAUCUGAGCUGUCCUCAGACCCUGAUGUGGUCGUGGCUAAAAUGAAUGCUGCGGACAAUGACGUUCCUCUGGGGUACGACGUGCAGGGGUUUCCUACCAUUUAUUUCGCUGCCAUCGGGAGGAAAGACGACCCGGUCCGAUACGAGGGUCCUCGAGAAGUGAAGGAUCUGCUUAAGUUUGUAAAGAGAGAAGCUUCGCAUAGUUUAAGGGUAAAGGGAUCAAGGAGUGAACUCUAGAACAUAAAGAAGGAGACAACGAAACAUAGAGAGGAGACAAGGAAAAAAGGAGAUGAGACGAAGAGUGAGGAGACGAGACACACAAAGAGAUAAUGAAUAAGGAGAGACAAACUGCGAGGAGAGGAAACAAGGAUGAAGUCUACUAAAGAACAGUCCAGUUUCUGUUUCUCAUCUCCUCGAUUCCUCCGUGGUUUGAUGGAGAUGGCAGCUUAGGAAACAAGGAAAGGAAACAAGGAGACACGUGACCUCUGACUUCUGCUGAGAGAGCUGAGCCUUCUGCCUCCAGUGCUUUACACCAGAGCUGCAGCUAUUCAUUUACUGUAAAAUCAUCUACUGUUGGAUUCGGUAUUUGUUU